UGCUCAGGAACACCAAACAGCAGAUGGACACAGUUAGCCGCUAGCAUGCUAGUGAACACAGUGAAGCAUUGAGCUGCUGAAGAGUCAGAUAUGUCCCUGUCAGAUAUGAGGAUUUGUUAGAGACCAAAAUAAAUAAAUAAAUAAAUACACAGAGCUAAAAGAGAUUUCAAGAGGCCUAAGCGAGGGUGGAGUACAUCUGUGAUUGACAGUGAGGACGACCAAUCAAAACCCUCCAUUGAACUACGCACUCCGCAAACAAGCUAGCACAGAGGAAGUGAAGAAGCUCUCAUGCAUGACAUAACUGAGACAAAGUAAAUGUCAAGAAUGUGGUCCCGAAGUAUAACUCGGGUGAAGCCAGUCGUAUUAUCCCGUCUGGACAAGUCGUCAAUGUCCACUCAGUCCAGCGCGGCGGACGUUAGAAACAGCGACAACAGGUCGAUUCACUCGGACAGCGUCGAAGAGGUCCAUAACGUCCCGAUGGAUGUCAUCAUCAGACCGAUUCCUCCGGUCCUGGAUGAGCUGAAAGUUCAGAGUCUGAUGCACACAAUAAAGGAGACAGCAGACCUUAGUGUUGUUCCUCCCAUUGAUGUGCUUUGGAUCAAAGGCAGAGAAGGGGGAAAUUACUUCUACUCUUUUGGAGGCUGUCACAGGUUUGCUGCCUAUCAGAGGUUGAACAUGCAGACCAUCCCGGCCAAGCUCAUCAAAUCAAACGUCUCGGACCUUCGCACCUACCUGGGAGCUUCUACGCCUGACCUGCGGUGACGCUGGAGCAGAGGAACGUGGCUCAGGGGACUCGCACGGAGUUUGACUCUGUUGUUGCAUCUGAAGGACUGCAGAGCAAAGGAUUUACCAGCAGGGGGGAAUGUAACUCUUCAGUAAAACUAAUGACACUUCUCGUUUGAAACCACGGGAAAUUUAAUUUAUAGAACGUCUGUGUGUGUUUCUAGGUUUGUGUUUUGAAAGUUAAGCACAUAUGUAUACAGGAGACUUUAAUAGCAACUGUCGCUUAAUAUCAUUAACAUUCAAACACUUUAUGUACAUGAAGAGCAGCUUACUGUCCUGAAGUUAUUUACAUAUUUGACAAAUAUGAAAGGGCUGUAGCUGAGUCACUACAUGGCAGGUUUUGAGGCCUUUUUAUUCAGUAGGAAAAGCACAUGUAUCACUAAUAGCAGUAGCAUUGUUUCUUUUAUAUUCAAUUGUCCCAAACAGAAUGGGGAAAAACUCCCAUUACUCUGACUAUGGAGUGUGUAUUAUUCCAAGAUGGCUAUCUCACCGGUAAGCGGUGACAGCAUAGUCUAAUCUAAAUGGGUUACUUAACAUGUUUUAGCUGUUUUGUUAACAAGUGAAACUAGAUAUAAACGAAGUAUAGGCCAUUUUAAAUUAACUGAAUUGAAUGUUUGUGUUCAGUGUCAAUAUCAGAUUUUAAGAUGUAAAUGUGGCAUUUUCAGCCAUUUUACCAGUGCUUUGAUAAAACUUUCGGCAGCUCUCAUUAAAUGUUAGAUAUCGCUGCUGUCAGAAUUUCCCGGUAAUUACAGCUACAGUAGUUACAAGUUACAAGUCAGAGUAUUUUAUUUCUAAAUGGGCUGCUCAUCUUUGUAGUGACUCCUGACUGACAUGAUGUGAACAUAACAUGUUCAAAAUGUACUAUUUAAUUUACUAUAUCUACUGUGUAUUUACUUACAUUUCAUAAAAAUUGUUUGGAUAUAUACAUAUAUGUAUAUACAUAAAUAUGGAUGUAUAUAUAUAUAUGCACUAUAUAGUAGUGUCCUCAAAAAUUCAACAGUAAAAUGAUAAAAGGUGUGUCCAUGGCCCUACUUUCCACACAGUGCCAUCAUUUAUUUUAUAAUGUACUCGUGUGCUUUUCCUUCAUGUCAAAAUGUCUUCCAGUGAAAAGGGUGUUUUGUAUCCUUUUGCAUGGGACUGGGAUUCAGUAAGCUGUCCUUGAAGUUCACCGUUUGAGUUGGUCCUACUGAGCAUUGAGGAAGACUCAAAUACAAGUUGUCUCAAAUUCAAGUUAUUUUAGUCUGAAAUUAUAUCAAAACAUCACUGUUGUCUUUUUUGUGGCGCUGCUGUUAAUUUUAGAAAUCAAACGGUGUGAAGCUGCUUUGUGUGCAGCAGCAGAAUAUGAGCAACAUGCUGUAAAAUUACUAAGCAGCGACAGAGUAGAAUAUUUUAAUUCUUACCACAACUUUACAAAAUCCCACAUUUAACAGAUUGUGAUGUUUCAGGCAGCACAAAAGGGUUAGGUAAAAGAAGAAGAAGCCUACAGACCAGAUGGUGUCAGUUGUUAUGAGAAGAUCAGGCUGACAGCAUCUCACAUCACAAUGCAAGAUGAGUCUGCUCUUCUUACUUCCCAUAUGGUCUAGCGGUUAGGAUUCCUGGUUUUCACCCAGGCGGCCUGGGUUCGACUCCCGGUAUGGGAACAAUGUUUCUGUGAUUUCCCAGUUAUGGGACUAAUAAUGGAUUAUAGCAGAAUAUAUAUAUAAAGGAAGGAUGUUAUGAUCAUCAGUUUUUCUUAUACAUCAUCUCUUACAGAGCUCCUCCUGUACCCCUCCACAUUGUUUUGUUUUUCUUUUUGCCAAAGAAAAGGGGAGGAGUGGUAAACACAGCCUGGGUCAGUUCAUAUGAAAACCCACCUUUGCCAAGCUUUUUCCACUCUUACUUGAAAUUGCCAUCAGAUAAAAUCUUUUGUGUAAAAAAAUAAAAUAAUCCCAUUACUCUUCAUACUGUA